AUGAUAUCUGAUGAUUCAUAUGAUUACCUAUACAAAAUCGUGUUAAUCGGAGACUCAAAUGUAGGAAAGUCAAAUCUACUUACUAGAUACACCAAAAAUGAAUUUAAUUUGGAAAGUAAGAGUACUAUUGGAGUUGAAUUUGCAACUAACGCUCACAUUUUGAAGAAUGGAAAAGUUUGUAAAGUGCAAAUUUGGGACACGGCAGGACAGGAGCGGUAUAGGGCAAUAACGUCUGCUUAUUAUAGAGGAGCCGUUGGGGCUCUUAUUUGCUACGAUAUUACUAGUAGAUCGUCCUUUGAAAAUGUCAAGAGAUGGCUAAAAGAACUUCGGGAUUAUGCACCACCUCAUAGCGUCAUUUGCCUUGUAGGGAACAAAGUUGAUAUGGUCAACUUAAGACAAGUGACAAAGGACGAGGGGGCAAAGCUCGCUAGAUUGGAAAAUAUCCUAUUUUUGGAGUGUUCGGCUCUGGAUUCCACAAACGUGAACGCUGCAUUUGCUGAACUGAUUGAGACAAUUUAUACUACCCAGGCAAAAACUACUAAUUAUGAAGGCAUGGAUACAAGUCAACAACUACCAACUUGCGUGGGAAUUAAUUUAGAAAAGAAGCACAAUAGUAAGAAGAAAAAAAAGAAAUGGUGCUAG